AUGAAGAAGCAGGCCGAGAACCUGCGCUACAUCAUGGAGGCACCCAAGCUGGAGAUCAGCCCCGACGAGCGCGUCACUAUACCGCUGCUCAACAACCAGGACUCGUGGCGGCGCGACGCGCGCAAGGGGCAGUACAGCAAGAAGUCUGGUGGCGCCGCCGAGCCCAAGCAGGGGUCAUACUGGGACCGCGUGGAUUGGGACAUCAAGGUCCCGGGUGUGCCUGACAAGUGGUACUACAGGGUGUUGUGGGUGGCCCUCAUUGCGGGUGUAACAGUCUACUUCAAUUGGUCCGCACUGCACCAUUGA